AUGUCUAAAGAAGAAAAUACAAGCCAACAGAGUAGCUCCGCUCAGGAUGAUGAUGAGCCGGACGAAUGGGAUAAGAGGAUCUUUAGCACAGGAUGCGCAGACGAAAAUGCUAAGUUGACUGAUUGUUACUUCGAAAAGAAGGAUUGGCGAGCUUGCAAGAAAGAGAUGGAGAUAUUCAGAGCUUGCUGGAAGAAACACAACAACGAUGAGAGGACAUCUACAAAAGAUGCAUGA